AUGCCAUUUAAACGUUCAAAUGCAAAAAAAGUAUCCAAUUCCUAUUUUAAGAAAAAAAAUUCUCAACCUACUACAGAUUACCCAGACCAUUAUAUUUUUAGAGACAAAAUUUAUACUUCUUUUCCAGUUGAUAUUGAUGAGACUGGUGCUAGAUUUUCAGCUUUUAUAAAAUUGACAUCUCUCCAAAAAGAUAGAAUUGUAAGAAUGAUAAUCUCUUUAUAUAGUUUUCUAAAUUAUAACAAUAAGUUAUCUGAAGCUUCAUUUAAUAGUUUGGUUGCAUACAAAAAAACUAAAGAAUAUAAGACAUAUACUAAUGCUAAGUAUAACUAUGUUGCUAGCAAGGCCCAAUGGUUUUUCACUCAAUCUAUACCACUGUCUGUAGCAACUAUAUGGUUUUUUGGAACUGUGACUAGCUUCAUGAAGAAUACAAAAAAUACAGAAGUCAGAAUAAUUUUGUUUGAAAGUGAUAUCCAAUAUAAAGAAAUAGCAGUUAAACUGGUUAAUACUAUAAUAAAUGAUCAAUAUAUAUUUUAUAGAAAUG